GACAACAGCCGGAGGGUGGACAAUGUGCUCAAACUGUGGAUCAUCGAGGCCCGCGAGCUUCCAGCCAAGAAGCGCUACUACUGCGAACUGUGUCUGGACGACAUGCUGUACGCGCGCACCACCAGCAAGCCCCGCACCGACACUGUGUUCUGGGGCGAGCACUUUGAAUUCAACAACCUGCCAGCCAUCCGCAACCUUCGCCUUCAUCUAUACAAGGAGACGGACAAAAAGAGACGCAAGGAAAAAAGCACAUACUUAGGACUGGUGAGCAUCCCCAUCUCAAGCAUCACCGGCCGUCAGUUUGUGGAGCAGUGGUACCCGGUCAUCCAGCCCAGCGUCCUCACCAAGGGAGCUGGUGUCGGAGGAGGGAAGAUCAUCAACGCAUCCCUACGCCUCAAAUCCCGCUUCCAGACCAUGAACAUCCUGCCCAUGGAGCUGUACAAGGAGUUUGCAGAGUACGUCACCAAUAACUACCGCACACUGUGUGCUGUGCUGGAGCCUGUGCUGAGCGUCAAGAGCAAAGAGGAAGUGGCCUGCGCCCUCGUGCACAUACUGCAGAGCACAGGAAAGGCGAAGGAUUUCCUUUCCGACAUGGCGAUGUGCGAGGUGGACAGAUUCAUCGACCGAGAACACCUUAUCUUCAGAGAGAACACUCUGGCCACCAAAGCCAUAGAAGAGUACCUCAAACUGAUCGGACAUAAGUACCUCAAGGAUGCUAUAGGUGAGCCGGAACAGUGGGGUUCAAAUAAAGAGGAUGAAGUUUUGGAAAUGACAAAACUUUUUCUCUCGGUACUCUCUUUCUCUCAGCCUUAG